GCCAUCUCGAGCGGUGUAUUUUUUUUUUUAUUCUCGACACCCCACCCCAUCCCUUUCCCCCUCCCUCGCUCCCUCCACCACCCACAUCCUACAUCCCCAUCCGUGCUCUCCGUGUUUCUCCGUGGUUCCUGCAGCACAUCAGGGAGCGCGAGACUCAAUGGCGGCGCCUGUCAAAGAGGAGGAUGCUGAUGUGGACCGGCGGCCCAUCCGGAGAGCCAGAUCCAAGAGUGACACCCCUUACCUCACCGAGACCAGGCUCUCGUACACUUUACAGACAGAGGGCGCAGAGAGAUUAGCUGCGAUGCGUUCUGAUUCGCUGGUGCCCGGUACUCACACACCUCCCAUUCGUCGGCGAAGUAAACUAGCAAGCCUUGGACGACUCUUCAAGCCAUGGAAAUGGAGGAAGAAGAAAAGCGACAAGUUCAAACAGACAUCUGCAGUCUUAGAGAGAAAGAUGUCUACACGGCAAAGCAGAGAGGAGUUGAUCAAGAGGGGAGUGCUUAAGGAGGUGGACGAGAAUGAGGAUCAAGCAGUAGAGAAUGAACACAUGUGCAGGCCUGAGUUCGACAGAUUGGCAGUUAUUAGUCCUGUAUCUGAGGCCCAGGAAGCAAACGGUGAAGAAACAGAAACUCACUUACUACAGUUGGAAACUGGGUUGUGUCUAGCAGGUCACACACCAAAGCCGGCUCCAUCUACGCCCCCUACGAAAGUCAUUCCACUACCAGUUGAUGGCAUGGACAUCCCCCUGACCAAACCGCUGGCACUAAAGCAACCACCUGCCUUACCUCCAAAACCGUAUAACAGAAUACCCAACCAUUUAACAGACCCGAUAGGGAAAUUCUCCCCACCACUCCCCCCCAAAAAAGUGAUGAUAUGUGAGCCGGUGCCCUCUUUCCAGCUCAGAUAUCCACAACCCUCAAGCAUGCACACACACUCCCUAACCCACACACACCCUCUGCAGCACAGCACACUCCCGCUUUCCCUCCAUCCCCCAAGCCGUAUCAUUGAGGAGCUGAACAAAACUCUUGUGUUUACCAUGCAGAGACUGGAGAGUUCUGUACUCCAGGCUGUGCCCUCAGUCCAAAUGGAGAGCGAAGACGAGAAGGAGAACAGAGAUACACCGACACACCAACUUCUGCCCAACGCCCACGUUUUCAACACGCACCCCAGCAACAUGCUCGCACUCAACACCCGCAUGUACAUCCCACCCACACCUGAAGAAGAAGACGAUGAGGAGGAAGAAGAUGACGACACUUUAUUUACAAGUACUCUGGCUCUGAGGAUCCUGAGGAAAGACUCACUUGCAAUAAAACUGAGUAACCGGCCAUCAAAGAGAGAGCUGGAGGACAAGAACAUUCUGCCCAUGUUGACUGACCAGGAGAGACUCGAGUGCAGACAGCAAAUUGGCACGAAACUCACACGGAGGCUCAGCCAGAGACCAACUGCAGAGGAGCUUGAGCAACGAAACAUCUUAAAACCACGAAAUGAGCAGGAGGAACUCGAGGAGAAGCAAGAGCUAAAGAAAAGGCUGUCACGGAAGUUAAGUCAAAGGCCAACAGUUGAGGAACUGCGGGAGGCGAAAAUUCUUAUUCGGUUCAGCGACUAUGUGGAAGUGGCUGAAGCUCAGGACUAUGACAGAAGGGCAGACAAGCCGUGGACCCGACUUACCGCUUCAGACAAGGCUGCUAUCAGAAAGGAGCUCAACGAGUUCAAAAGCACAGAGAUGGAGGUCCACGAAUCAAGUAGACAUCUAACCAGGUUUCAUCGACCAUAGUGCUGAUUGCUGGGCAGAAGCACAGGGCAUUACCAAUGACUAAUUCACCUCUGGGACAGACGAAGUCUAAUGUGCUGGGAUAAAACAAUGCAAAGAAUUGGGACUAAACACAGAGAGAUUCUGAUCUAAUAUCAGGAGAAGAAACAAGUUCCCAAGAUGACCUGACCCACCUAGAUUCAACAAUCUAUAACCAAAAUGGACUGAACAUGUAUAUGUGUGUGUGUGUGUGUGUGUGUGUGUGUGUGUGUGAGAAAUUUGUGCUCUGGAAGUACACUUAAAAAUUCUUUCCUGGUGUUGUUUGUUCGCUGAAACAAAUAAGGUGGGUGUAAAUUUGUGCACGCAGCCCUGUAACUGGUCAAAAACCCCUUUUUGUACGUGUCAAACAAGAAACAAACCAACGGAAACGAGAGAAUCUUUAAAAAAAAAUCUAUAAAGAAAAUCGUACGUUUUAAAUAUUCUGACUUAAUAUACAUUAACCUACACUUAGUUUCCAUUUCUCCAGCGUCGUCAUUCUAGCAGUAACGGACAAAAGCCAUUUUCCACAAGUGAAACCAAAAGAAUCCAGAUGUCAUCAUCUCACCCUGGCUGUAACUAGGGUUGCAAAAUUCCGGGAAUUUUCAAAACUGGAAACCUUCCAUGGGAAUUAACGGGAAUAUAUGGGAAUUAAUGGGAAUAAACUGGGAGGGUAAAACAAAAAAAGAUGUCCAUCUUGGUGAUAUUCACAUAAAUGAAAUAAAUAUUAUAUAAAUGUACGUUUAUAACUUCCUUGUGCUGUGUGUUUGUAUAAUUUCGUUGCACAAUAGCUAACAAUUGAAUAAAAAGGUAAAAAAAAUUGAAUUUUUUAAAAUAUGUAUUACUUUGCAUGCAGUUCAGCUUAAAUCGAAACAUAUUGUUCUGUCAUAUGUUUGUAUCGGAUACAGUUCAAAUCAAUUUUUCCAAAUUUCUAAUUAAUUCCUAUAAAUUCCCACCAAUUCCUGGUAAAUUUCCAAUUUGUAAUAUUUCCCAGAUGAAGUUCCCAUGGAAAGUGUCUGGAAAUUUAAAUUGAAUUUUCCACCACUUUGCAACCCUCACCUGCAUUAAUAGGUUUUCCUGUUUGACAGUUGCACCAAACAAGUGACCGAACCAAGCAAUAAUAUGUCCGUGUGUCCUGAAUGUCUGGUCUUGACGUGUCGAUUGUGGCUCUAACGCGGAGUCUUGAAGCAGGUGCUUGAUCUUCAUGAACGUUGGGUGAGGAUUUAGAACGUACUCCUCUGUCUGUCUGUGCUGUUUACACCUGUGUACACCUGUUUACACGACAGAAGCUGAAUACAACUUUUUUUUCACAUAUUAUUGAGAACAAAAAUCAUUUGCUGUUUUGGUGCUUUCGUGCUUUUUUUUCCCCUGGUGUGUUUCGUUUACAGUUUCCCUCGAACGCUCCUCUCCUGCUGCUAUUAGCUGAGAUUUAACGAAAGGAGGGGGCGCACAUCUUGUUCUAACUUCCUUGUUUUUUGAUGAUGUAUGCGGUUUCAGACGUAGAAGAACACCUAUUAAAAAGAUUUGAAGUAAGACAUGAAAGAGUUUUGGUCUCAAAUGUUUUUUUUUUUGUGUGUUUUUAUACGAACCAGGUGACUGCAGGAUCUCUGAUCUCAAAGACAGUUUCUAUGCACAUUACAUGGUCAUUUGCCUGCCUGCCAUUUUGGAGAACAACAAAGUUGUAGCUCAGUGUUUAAGCUCUGUUCAGUUCAAAUUCCAGCUCCUCUUAUGUCACUGUUGGAACCUUAAAUACUCAGUUGUAUGAAUGAGAUCAUUGUAAGCAAAUCUGGAUUACAAAAGUCCUAAGAGGCUAUGAGUUAUGUUUUUUCCUUAAUUUUCUUUGAGGCACCGCCAGCACCAUGGACAGUAACCGUAACCAUUUGCAGGCGAAGGCACACCUGGUAGCUGAUGAGUCUAAUAAGCGUGCGCUUUGCCUCAGUGCCGUUAGUCCGUGUGGCGUGAUUGGCUAUGGUUAUUAUCAGUGGUGCUGCGACGAUGCUGCUUCUAGAUCAUAGUCUUAUGCUGAAUGAGUUAUAAUGAGAUCAAGCAAACAACUUUGGUUAUGUCGAGAUCACGAGAAAAUGGUAUAUUACCAUUUUUAUUUAUCGAACACGGAGCGAUCCAACACAGAAACUCAAUCAAUUAUUAAAGACGAUCAACCAUGUUCCAUCAGAUAAAAAUGUCAUUCAGAUUGACCUUCGGAUCAAGUCGUUCACGUGAACAUUUUCGAUUCCAGCCAAAUCGAGUAGUUUCAUAUCGAUGCAAUUUUCCAGAUGCUCAUCCAAA